UCUCGCGGCCAGCGAGCAGUAGGCUCUUGGAACACCGUGCCGACCAUCCUCCGUGGCUGCCAGUCUGAACCCCCCUUAGCCGGUCCGCUCGGCGAGUCUGUCGGCUCCCGUCGGCCGUCCCGCAUCGCCUCCACGUCAUCGCGGGCCCACGGAAUGGCCAUGACCGCGAAGGACCAUAUGCGCCAGAAGCUCGAUGAGCUCAUGGGCACCGGCUGGGACGGGGUCAAGAACUCGCUCCACUACUCGGACCCUAAGGUGUGCCGCUGUUUCCUGCUGGGCCUGUGCCCGCAUGACGCGCUCGCAGGCACCAAGAUGGCCAUGGGCGCGUGUUCCAAGAUACACAACUACGCGCUCAAGGCCGACUUUGAGAACAGCUCGAGGAUGUACCGACCCGGACAGCACCGCUUCUACGAGCUCACGGUGCUCACCUACCUGCAGAAGGUGAUUCGCUCGUGCGAAAUCCUGGACCGGGCCAAGAAGGGCCGUCUGACGCGGUGCCAGUCGACCGCGCGCAGCAAUCGCAAUGGGGACAAGGAGGCCACGCUGAAGUCCUAUGGCGACAUGAUGGACAAGAAACUCGUCGAGGCCGAAGAACUCGGGAACAAGGGUAAAGUGCAAGAGGCACUCGCUGUCAUCAAGGAGGUCGAGCGGCUCAAGCGGCGCCGGAACCGACUCGAGAGGAUGCUGGACCGCAAACCCAACGAACCAGUCAAGGAGCAGAAGCAGAACAUCUGCGAGGAGUGCCAGCUCUGCAUCGGCCUCGACGACAACGAGCAGCGCAUCGCCAACCACUCGAGUGGCCGGCUACACAACGCCAUACUGGACAUGCGCCGAAAAAUCGCCGAGCUCGCUGCCAGCCUGGAGAAGUCGCAGGUACCGGGCGACUGGUCGCGCCUCGAAGCUUCACAGCAGCAGUCGAAGCAGUCGACUUCGCGCCUCGACCUGGCCUCGACCAGGGCGCACAGCUACUCUCCAAGGUCGUCGAGGUCUAGCAGCAGCAGUGGCCGUAGCCGAAGUCGCAGCCGCAGCCGCAGGAGGUCCUACAGCUCCGACUCCUGUAGCAGCAGCAGCCAAUGCUCGACUUCCCACUAUAGGUCACGUUCACGGUCACGCUCGACGUCUCGGCAGCACUCUCGAAGGUACCGCUCGGAGUCACUCAGCAGGUCGCGUUCCAGGUCACCUCGACGGAGGGCGUCCAGGUCACGGUCGAGAAGCCGCUACAGCCGCAGCUGCUCGCGGUCUUGUAGCAGGUCCUACAGCCGGUCGUGCAGCCGGUCGUGCAGCCGGUCGCGUAGCUGCUCGUGCAGCAGUGACAGUGACACUGACAGGUCACAAGGUGCCGCAAAGCACCGAAGUGUAUCCAGGUCCCGGAGUCACUCUCCGUCGAGGCACAGCCGUGGCCGCAGCCAACAUAGCGGGGACCGUGGGCACCGGUCGGGCAGUACGCGCGACUCAGAGGCUUCGAAGAAAGCCCAAAACAACGAGGAAGAAAAGAAAGCGCCGAAGCCUUCGCAGGCCUCAGAAGGUGAACCCGAACAAAAUGUCAUGAAGGGACGACUCUAAAUGGUCUCGUUUACUAGAGAUCGAAGCCGAAGGAACACCGACACGGAAAGAUAGUUCAACUCCGGAGAUGAAAGAAAGAGAGUCUACCGAGCACGCUUUCACGGCAACAGAUGACAGCGGGACAGAAGUUUCGAAACCACUGUCUUCGGCGCAGAAUUCUGCCAAGGCUGACUGCUUGUCAGCUUUAGAAGUGUAUGGUCGUACCUUCACAAAAGGCCGCAAUGCAAUCGACGCGAAUUCUGAAGUUCUGGAUGAACCACAAGAUCCCGCAUUUGAGAACCUAAAUCUAAGGCCAGUGGAGGCGGAAUAUGCUCCUGCAGGAGAGAUAAGGGCUAAAGAAAAUAAGUUCUCGUCCUCGCCUAAAGCCAUCCACUCCCCUUCCACUAAAGAAACGAUAUGUGGCCUAACAGAAGACCCACAACCUUUGGAACACAAAGCGGGGAAAGGGAAGGCCAGGGUUGUAGCUGUCAAGGACUGGAAGACUAUAAAGAAGCCUGUAAUAAACUUUGCCAACCUUCGGUUUUUUAGAUUGUCUCACGGAAGCAAGAAAGCGCCGCAUAAAGAACAGGUUGACGAAAAUCGUACUGUGGGACAGGCUGCCACACAAGAACCGGAAAGCAAGGCGCCUGCUGACGUCGGUUCAACCUCGACGAUAGUUGAAACUGAAGCCUCUGAAAACGACACGACAGGCUCCUCGGCACCAGUUCGGAGCGAAGAAUCCCGAAACAUGGGGACAGACGCGAAUCAGCAACCAUCGAGAUCCACCACUGAUAAAGAGAGCUGCACAACUGAGAGUUCUGACGGCGAAAAAUCUUGCGAACAAUGUGCAGAGCAAGAGCAUCCAAGUUCUAACAGCCCCUGUAUCAAUCAUGAAGAGUCAGAGAAGUUUGUAACAAGGAAACCACGCAGGGGUAUGCAAAUAAGGAAGAAACGGGAAUCGCCGCAAAGAGAGUCAACGCAAACAGAAGACUCUGGUGAGGAAUCUUGUUGUACUGAGUCAAGCACCUACUACGAGAUAGUAAAGAAGCCCAAGAAAAAGCUUGUGAAGAAUCGAAAGCGGUCACUUCACAAGAAGACGAAAUUGGAAGAUGCUAGGAUGUCACGAAAGACAGACGCCCGCAAGUCGUCGAGACGUCGCGUCGAAUCAGCCACCGAGGAGGAGGACAGCGAGUCGUCCACGUCAAGCGACUCCCCGCCAGCGAAGCGCACCAGAGCCAAGAAGAAAAAAAGGACGCGCCAGAGCACAGCCGCGAACAGAGACCGCUCCAGUAAACGCAGCGCAGGCUCAGCUGCGUCAAGGAAGCCUUCGAAGAAGAAACGCGCUACGGACAGCAAGAAGGGACGGAAGGGGUCGGCCGGUGCCAAGUCUUCAACGAAAACGAGGUCGAAGAGAAAGUCGCCUAGUGACACGUCUUCUUCCACUUCCUCGACGAGCGGUUCACCAGAACGCAGGACCAGGCGCAAGGUGAAGCCGGUGAAGAAAACGAAGAAGGUGAAGCGAAAGAAGUGCUAGUGAAGGAUGAUCGAUGUAGCUUUAUGAGUGUGGCGUAAGGGACUGACGCAGUUUGUGGCAUUGCCGAAGGCAGAACUACUAGCGGAGUGGUUGGACGGAAAUAUGGGUUCGUUGUGCACGCUCUAGGUGUUUGAAGUUUUGACGAGUGAAUGUGCACCGAACGCGAGGUGAAUGGUGAAUGUUUUAACGCCUCGGGAAUACGAAUGGGAUGGUACCCACAUGUCUGAUACAGCACGGAGCUGUAGAUGCGAGAAAUGUGUGUUCGUUGCGGGUGUGUGAGGGGACGAAUGGUGACACACAUGUGACGUCAGAACUUUGGAACGAACUUGACAUCGUAGUGUACCAUGCAGUAGGAAAGAAGCCGCUAUAGGUAGCACAGUGUCGCGACAGUGAUGUCACCUGCCAUGUUAAGCACUCGUUGCCGCUCCAGACCUUGGCCGUGCUUAGUCUGACCAACGAUUUGUACAUACAGCCGAAAUACCGAGGCCGAUACAACUUUCUAGGAUAACGGCACCAAAGCGGAGAUGGCAGGGAGGUCGCAUGACUCGGCCAGCCGCUGUUUUGUAGUCCGUACAGCAACUUUUUUCGGUGAAGGCCAGCUACAGAUGCAACAAACUUCCGCAC